UAUCGGAUUAAAGCAGCAGAUAUUACACAAGUACAUACAAAACAUAUCACAAUGAGGAAGCUUCUCCCACUCAAACACAAUUGCCUGUAAUGAGCAGAAAGCAUUUGUAAUGGAGGGAAUCAUUUUCAUCUUUGCUAUAUGUCUCACAGCCAGUGUUCUCCCACAGCAGGGCUAUUGUUUUAAUUUGGAUCUGGAUAAUUACACAGAGCUUUCAGGGCCAGAUGGGAGUUACUUUGGCUUUUCUGUGGACUUUAUUCAAACAAGGAGCCAAGGUGUCAUAGUCGGUGCUCCAAGACACGAUGUAGGACCUUCAAGAGGCGGCUCUGUCUUCCUCUGUCCCUGGAAUUCAUCCAAACGAGUUGAAUGUCAAAAAAUGAACUUCGACCAAACAGAUGAUGUAAACAUCACAUAUCUCAAUAUAUAUUUCGUAAGCCAUAAAUCUAACCAGUGGUUUGGAGCCAUGGUACGGGCCUACAACGACUUUGUCCUGGCUUGUGCUCCAUUAUUCCACUGGAAUGUGUAUAUGGACAAUGAUGAGGCCAUGAACACACCAGUGGGAAACUGUCAGCUAUUGAACAUGCUAACUGGAGAGAUAGCUAACUAUGCCCCCUGUAGGGGAACAGAAGUGGAGAAUAUUUACAACGCUAGGAAAAAUUUUAAUGACAGACGUUACUGUGAAGCAGGAUUUAGCUCGGACAUCACAGAGCAUGGAAGAGUGAUUCUUGGUGCUCCUGGAGGAUAUUUCUUCCAAGGUCAGAUCAUUACUACAUCUCUUCAGAACAUCAUGUCCAGUGGUAGGACAUUCAGUCCAAUCCACAGUAUGAAAGAUGAGCAAGCAUCAUAUGAAUUGCCGAACAAGUAUGAUAUUUAUCUGGGCUACUCUGUGGCAGUAGGUCAUUUAACUGCAGACAACGUCCCAGACUAUGUAGCUAGCGCCCCACUUGACCAAAAUGCAGCAGGUUCUGUCAAAAUCUAUGAUGGAGCUUAUGCACUUAGAUAUAACUUCAGAUCCAUUAUGACUCUAAUGGGCUCUCAAGUAGCUUCCUAUUUUGGCCACUGUGUUGCUGUGACUGAUGUAAACAGUGAUGGGAGGGAUGAUAUCCUGGUAGGUGCUCCACUCUUCAUGGAGCACUUGUCCACACAUAAGCUGCGUGAGGUGGGCCAGGUGUAUGUUUACCUCCAGAAGGAAGGUUAUCGCUUCUCCCAAAAGCCUGAUCAGACCUUAUCAGGCACACACAGUUAUGGACACUUUGGCAUUACCAUUGCUCCUUUGGGAGACAUUAACUAUGAUGGCUUCAAUGAUGUGGCUGUGGGGGCACCAGGUGCAGGUGAUGGUGGUUUGGUGUUCAUCUAUAUGGGACAGAGUCAUGGUUUGAACCCACAGUAUGGGCAAGUCAUCAAGAGCCCUUUCCAGUCUCUUGCACCAGCUUUUGGUUUUAGCAUAAGAGGAGGCACAGACAUCGACAACAAUGGAUAUCCAGAUGUUAUUGUUGGUGCAUGGGGAGCAGAUAAAGUGGCUAUAUACAGGUCAAAAGCAGUAGUGAUGACCAAAGCCCAGCUUUCCUUCCUCCCUGAUUUCCUACAGCCUGAUGAAAAAUCCUGUCAGCUGCAAGGCAGUCCUGUCUCCUGCUUUAAAAUCAUAAUGUGCAUUAGUGUCUCUGGGUACAGAAUACCAGAAGAAAUCGUAUUGAAUGUAGAGCUCCAGCUGGAUAAACUGAAGCCAAAUGUGGCAAGACGGACCCUCCUUCUCGACUCUCAUCAGCCAUACAGCCACUUUCAGCUCACUAUCAGGAGAGAGACAUUUUGUAAGAACCUCACUGCAUACUUGCUGCCAGACUUCAAGGACAAGCUGAGUCCUAUCUUGAUGUCAAUGAGCUACAGCCUGGUGAACACCCAUGAAGCAAUGCUACAAGGACAGAAUGUUGUAGUUGGCCAGACACAGAUAGUUCUUGACUGUGGUGAAGAUAACAUCUGCAUCCCUGAACUAAAGCUUGCAGCCAAGGCGCGAACAGAUCCUCUCCUGAUUGGGGAUGAGAACCCGGCUCUCCUGAUCGUCACUGCUGAGAAUCGUGGUGAAGGAGCGUAUGAGACAGAACUGUAUGUCCAGCUUCCACCUCAAACCCAUUAUCAUGGUGUGUUAAGUGAUGAGGAGGGCUUUAGUCGUCUUCUUUGUGGUCCAAAGAAAGACAAUGGUUCUGUCAUUGUGAUUUGUGAACUGGGCAACCCAAUGAAAGCUAAUCAGAAGAUCAUGGCCGGUCUGUAUUUCAGCAUGGGUGGACUGGAGGAGGUCGAGACCCAUGUGUCCUUCCAUUUACAAAUUAAAAGCAAGAACAGUCUGAAACCAGACAGCAACAGAGUGGAAGUGAAGAUCAAUGUUCAGGCUGUGGCUUUGCUGGAGAUGCGGGGAGCCUCCUCUCCUUCCGAGAGCGUCAUGCCAAUUGCCAAAUGGGAACCAAAAGAUUCCCCAAAGGAUUUGGAAGAUGUGGGCCCCCUUGUAGAGCAUGUUUAUGAGUUGAGGAACAAAGGGCCAAGUACAGUCAAGGUGAAGCUGGAGCUACAUUUCCCAGUACAACAGAAUGGCUCUUAUGUGCUCUAUGUGUUCAGCAACGCCUCAGAGGAGCUUCUAACAUGCAGCACAGACCCUUCUGAGAUCGAUCGCCUCGGGCUUGUGAAGCCAGACUUUAUUAAUACAUCUGUGGUUCCUGUUCAUCAUUUUAACAAACGGGAGGCGGAGGCAGAGGAGCAGGAGGAGCAGGAGGUGCCUGAACAGCAUCACCAAGCAACCGUGCAUGUGAAUUGCUCCACUGAGCCUUGUUUGGUGUUCAGCUGUGAAACUACAGAACUACAGAGAGAUGCCAGAGCCAUUGUGAGAGUGGCGGCACGCUUAUGGGUUAAAACCUUCUUACAGAGCCCUAAUGUGAACUACGUCCUCGUGUCCACUGCUCACUAUGAGGUAGUAAGCAUGCUGUCCAAGAUCCAACCAAGUGUCUUGCCUAGUGGACAAGCAGAGACAAACACCAGUGUGGUUUGGAGGCGUCCUGGUGGCCUGGAGGCAGUGCCAGUGGGGUGGAUUGUGGUGUCCAUAAUUGCUGGCCUCCUGCUCCUGGCUUUGCUGAGCUUCAUCUUCUGGAAGAUUGGAUUUUUCAAACGCAACCGUCCACCAACUGAUGAUGACAGCAAUGAGACAUGUCAUGAGCUGAAUGAAGAAGAAUCACAGUAUGCAGAUGUCUCACUUAAAGACUAGUCCUGAAAUAAUUACAGCAAACACAAAGCAUAUACCAAAUGAUAUGUUUUUAUUGUGUAAUGUGUGCCCUACUAUUCAAAAGUGUGUGAACACCUGUAUGUUGUCAAGUUGUUGUUUUUUUCCCCAACAAUAUUGUUGAAUUCUCAAUUGGUCAAAAUGUGUUAAUUCAAUUUCUAUCGCCUCAGCUCGGACAGUAGACCUAACUUCAAGGCAAAUCACAGAUUUGUAUCAAUGCGCUUAUUCUAACGUUGCAAUAUUAACAACAUAAACACGAUUCGUAGGUGGAAACAGACUGUAACUGUUAUGUAACUGUAGAUAUAUUGAAGUUGUUUGUGAGGAGACAUUUCGUUUUUAUUAUGUUUUUGAGUCUGAAGUAAGUCAGAGGCUAAACUAGUUAGUGUGGGCAAACUGAUGGUGGUGUAAAAGGAAUGAAACACUUCAGGUUGUGAUGUUAUUGGAAAAUAAGCUUAAUAAACUUCAGGGUGGUAACAGUACCUCUUCUCACAGAAUAACAAAUAAAACAAUAUUAAACAAAAAGUCUUUGUAUUAAUUGAUGGGUUCAUGG